GGAGUCGCGGCGAGACCCCGCACUUCCGCGUCCCGCUUGCCCCGCCCGCGCGGCGCCCCAGGCCGGGAAGGAACUGCCGUCAGAGUGAGACGCCGGGCCCGGGCGGGUUCCCUGCUUCCGCGCCUCACUCCUUCCGUCAACAGAAGUGAUGCCACCAAGACGAAAAGAGAAAUACAAGCUUCCUAUUCCACUUCCGGAAGGCACAAUCCUGGAUGACAUGGAAGGAAAACAAUGGGUGCUGGGCAAGCUGAUUGGCUCUGGAGGAUUUGGUUUGAUAUAUUUAGCUUUCCCCACAAAUAAACCAGAUAAAGAUGCAAGACAUGUAAUAAAAGUGGAAUAUCAAGAAAACGGUCCAUUAUUUUCAGAACUUAAAUUUUAUCAAAGAGCAGCAAAAAAAGACUGUAUCAAAAAAUGGAUAGAACUCAAAAAGCUUGAUUAUUUGGGAAUUCCUCUGUUUUAUGGAUCUGGCAUUACUGAAUUCAAGGGAAAAAGUUACAGAUUUAUGGUAAUGGAAAGACUGGGAAUAGAUUUGCAGAAGAUCUCAGACCAGAAUGGUACUUUUAAAAAGUCAACUGUCUUGCAGCUAGGUAUCCGAAUGUUGGAUGUACUGGAAUAUAUACAUGAAAAUGAAUAUGUUCACGGUGAUAUAAAAGCGGCAAAUCUGCUCUUGGGCUACAGAAAUCCAGAUCGGGUUUAUCUUGCAGAUUAUGGACUUUCCUACAGAUAUUGUCCCAAUGGGACCCACAAACAGUAUCAGGAAAAUCCUAAAAAAGGCCAUAACGGGACAAUAGAGUUUACCAGCUUGGAUGCCCACAAGGGAGUAGCCCUGUCCAGACGAAGUGACCUUGAGAUCCUCGGCUACUGCCUGCUGCGGUGGUUAUGUGGGAGACUGCCCUGGGAAAGGAGCCUGCAGGACCCUGUAGCUGUCCAAGCUGCGAAAACAAAUCUGUUGGAUGAGCUCCCCGAGUCGGUACUUCAAUGGGCUCCUUCCGGAAGCAGCUGCCGUGAAAUAGCCCAGUAUUUGGUGUGUGCUCAUAAUUUAGCAUAUGAUGAAAAGCCAGACUAUCAAAUGCUCAAGAAAAUUCUGAACCCAAGUGGAAUACCUUUAGGACCACUGGAGUUUUGCACUAAAGGAGAGAGCUUAAGUAUGCAUGCUCCAAACAAUCAAAAGGUCAGGAGGGGCAGCCCUGAGGAGAUACCCCUCGUCCAAGGUAAGGAGCAGCAGCUGCACUUUGCUGGAGCAGCCGUGAAGAGAUACCCCACAUCCAAGGUUGAUUCACGAAAGGCUGCAGCAAAACAAGUCUAUCAGGUGCAGGAUACGUUAACAGAAAAAAAAGGCCACAGUGAGAGAAGUGCUGAGUCCCGUACACCAAGGAGAAAAGUGCAAGAGGAGGAGAAGCUGAUUGGAUUGUUUAACAGUGAAACAGUGCGGGAAAGCACAAGAAGAAGACAAAAAUAUUGUGAGUCUCAAGAAUUUCAAAAUGACGUAAAAAGUUCUCCACACGAAUCCAGCCGAAUACAAUUCCCAAAUUCAUUUUAUGAACCCCAUCAAGAUUUUACCAAUCCAGAUAUGUUCAACAAGUCAAGCUCUCCAUCUUGGUACACAAACACUUCUACAAAUGGUAUGGAGGUCACAGAAUUAGACAGUUCUACAGGAUUCUGGUUUACAGUGUCCCAGUUUACAUUUAGCGAAGAUAUAAAAGUAGAUAUAUAUUAUUAUGCCUUCACCAUUAUUUUUCUUUUGAUAUUAGUAUGUCUUGCUUUAUAUUUUCUCUGAAGUUAUCAAAUAAAAUCCUUUUGAUA